AUGAAAGCGGAUGGUACGAUUUGCAUAUGUGGUGACUACAAGACUACCGUAAAUCCUAAUCUUGACACAGCUAUUUACCCACUUCCUACGAUAGAAGAUUGCUUGAGUAAGAUUGUCGGAGGUAAACUGUUUACUAAGCUGGAUAUCAGAGCCGCUUAUAAUAGUUUGAAGUUGAGAGAAUGUGACCAAAAGAUUGUGACUUUGAACACACACAAAGGAUUGUUCAGUCCUACUUCUCUACCAUUCGGUAUUUCAUCUGCCGGACCGAUAUUUGAACGCAAGAUUGAUGAUACCUUGAGAAAGACAGAGAACACAGCAUGGCGUGUUGACGACAUUCUAAUAACUGGACCUGAUGAUGAGAGUCACAUGAAGAACGUGAGAACGGUGAUUACAGCACUAGAGAAAGAAGGCUACAAAUGCCGGCUAGACAAGUGUGUUUUCAUGGAGCCUAAGGUGACAUUUCUUGGCCAUGAAGUAUCUGCUGACGGGAUAAGACCGCUGAGUUCGAAAGUUGAAACGAUAGUGAGAGCACCGUAUCCUACUACUAGAGCGGAGAUGAUAUCAUUUCUUGGUGGUGCACAGUACUAUUCACGUUUUAUUCCCAACAUGUCAACAGUUGUUGAACCACUUAACCGUUUAAGACCCGCUGACAGUAUUUUCCACUUUGGAGAUAGAGAAAAGAGAGCUUUUGAUGAGUUAAAAGCACUGUUAUCGUCUGACUUGGUUCUAACAGUCUACAACCCUGAGCUGGAGUUAAAGCUUGACACGGACGCUUCAUCCGUUGGUUUAGGAGCUGUUAUGUCACAUAUUGAUGAAAAUGGGACAGAGCGACCGAUCGAGUAUAUAUCUCGAACACUGACGAAAUCUGAGAGAAACUAUUCCAUGAUAGAAAAAGAAGCAUUGGCAAUAGUUUGGGCGACUAAGAGACUGCACCGUUAUCUUUUUGGACGACCGUUUACCCUAGUUACAGACCACAAGCCGCUGGAAUCUAUCUUUCACCCUAGUCGUGGAAUUCCUAGCAUGGUGGCAGGUCGUUUACAACGAUGGUCAUUGUUCCUAAGCGGUUACACUUACAAGAUCCAGUUUCGACCCACUGGUAAACAUUGUAAUGCUGAUCUAUGUUCCCGUUUUCCACUGCCUUUAGACACAUCAGCAGAGACGAGAGAGUUUGAUGACGAGUUAACAGAGGAGUUUGAAAUGAAACCUCUAGAUACUGUUUUCAGCGUGCACUACUUCGGUGAUGACAAACCUUUGAUUGACGCUGAGUUAAUAGCUAGUCACACAAGAAGAGACAAGACACUUGGUCGAGUGUUACAGUUUGUUAAAGACGGCUGGAACGAGAAACCCCCUGUUGAUGUCGAGCUGAAACCGUUUUACACACGUCGAAACGAGUUGUCAGUAGACCAGAACUGUAUUGUCUGGGGAUCUCGAGUUGUUAUUCCAGAGAGUAUGAGAAAGAGCGUGCUUUCAAUGCUUCAUGCAACACACAUGGGCAUUUCACAGACCAAAGCACUAGCGAGAGGCUAUGUUUAUUGGCCAAACAUGGAUGCUGAGAUCGAGAAAAUGGUUAAACUAUGUGAACCAUGUCAACUAAACCAGAAGAAACCCGCUAGAUCUACACCACACCCAUGGGCUAAAACUAUGGAGGCUUGGGAGCGGAUUCAUCUAGAUUUCUGUGGACCCUUUCUUGGAUCUAUGUGGCUGAUAGUUAUCUGUUCGUAUUCAAAAUGGUUAGAAGUUGUUAGAAUGACGAACAUUACAAGUAAGAGAGUGAUUCAAGAGUUACGAGACAUCUUUAGCCGUUGGGGACUACCCAAGAUACUAGUAUCAGGCAAUGGAUCGAGUCUAACUUCAGAAGAGUUUAAAGUAUUCACGAACAAUAACCAGAUUCGACACGUGCUUAUUCCUGCUUACUCACCUGCAAGUAAUGGACAAGCAGAAGUUGCAGUCGGACUGUUUAAAAGAGCUAUGAAACGGAUGAUCUUGAAAAACCCUGACGUUAUGUGUAACCUGGCUGACUGGCUACUAAACUACCGCAACACACCACACACCACUACCGGAGUAGAGCCUGCAGUUGCGAUGAUGAAACGACGGACAAGAAACGCCUUGAGUUUUCUACACCCGAGUUCGAGUAGUAAGUUUGCCAAAGUUGCUUUAAACGAUCAGAACACGAUUGCUGAAUCGAAACUUCGUGAUCUGAAGAUUGAUGACACUAUAUCGUUCUUUGAUGAGAACAAGAAGUGCUGGAGAAACGGUGUUAUCGAGGGUAAGGAAGGUACCAAAGUGCUACUGAUCAAGACACCUGAUGGAGUCUACCGCAAGCAUUUGGACCAGGUGAUCAAGAGAUCUGUUGUGUCAGAACCGUUGCAACAAACAGAUCCGGAUACACCGAGAGUUGAGCUGGAGAUAAGAGAUGGGCAGAGUUCUACAGCUACUGAUGGUGAUUUCGAGAAGACAGCUAGCUUACCUGAGAGUACAGAGCCGGAAACUUCGAUUAUAGUUGGUAAUAAUCCAAAUCUACCCGCUGAGCCUAACCAUAAGGCAGCCGUUGAACCUAUAAUCACUGCACAACCUGUACUUAAACCACGUGAGCUUGCCAUAGAAAUUAACCGUAGCACUAUAAAACCUAAUAUUGUUAGAGAGCAUGAAUUGCAAAAACCUAAUUUGCUUCUGCCAGCAAACUUUGCACGUGAUAGUAAACCACCAGACAGGCUAAGUUACCGCAAACUGGGAGGAACAUAA